AUGUGGAAAUACGAGGUGUCUGGCGAGGAGCACCUCUACUCUGACUUCCCAGAGAUCGAUCUGUCUCAGCUGGAUGCCAGCGACUUCGACUCGGCCAGCUGCUUCAGCGAGCUGCAGUGGUGCGGGGAGCACUCGGAGACAGACUCCAGCCAGUACAGCACUGAUGACUCCGAGCUCUUCCAGAUAAUAGACAGCGAGAACGAAGCGCUGCUGGCAGCCCUCACGGAGACAUUGGAUGAUAUACAGGGAGAUGACAUGGGCCUGGCUGCCUUCCGAACUAUGGAAGAGGGGGACACGCUCAACCAUGCCUACACCUCACCUGCCCCCUCCCCCAAACCCACCGCCCCGGUCACGGGGGGGCCGUCCCCGGCCCCCGAGUUUGAUGAGCUGUCUCUACUGAAGAAGUUGCUCCUCUCUCCAUCGCAUGUGCCUCCGAGCUGUGAGGCUCAGCGGGACGGGACCGCCCGGCGCCCGGGGACCCCAAAAUCCCGACCAGCACGGCCCUGCACGAAGGUGGAGGGUCCCCGGGACAGGAGGGCGAGUGUCCCGCAGGCACAGAGCCGCAGCUGCACUGAACUGCACAGGCACCUCACCUCCACCACCCCCUGCUCCCAGACCAAAGCCCCCCAGGCACCCGAGGAGUGCUCCAGUGGUGGCCACCACCCAUCCCCGGGCGACUGCGCCCAUCACGAGGACGACAGUGACUCCAGCGAGGACUCACUGAGCUCUGGUGACUCGGUGACGCCGCUCUCCUCAGCAGAGGAUGGCUCUGGCAGCCAGUUGUCCUGUGAGGGGGAGAUGCACUCCGUGGUGGAGCUCAUCCGCUACAUGCACACCUACUGCCUGCCGCCGCGGAAGCUGCCCACCCGUGACCCCGCUGACACCAAGCCCCAGCCCUGCAGCAGCCCCUUCAAGAGAGCCAAACCGGACUGUCCUGCACAGCCGGGCCCCCCUGGCAGUGCCCAGAGCCGGCCGGGCUGUGCCUGGCAGGCAGCAGGGGGCUGCAAGAAGCCCGGAGCAUCCUUCUCCAUCCUGAAGGAGCUGCUGGCGCGGGACCUGCUGUGUGACGUGAGCAAGCCAUACCGCCUGGGCAAGCCCGUGUACGCUGCCCUGGCACGGCCGCCUGGCUCCUGCUCCCCUGUGCCGCCAGCCCGCGAUGGGGAGGAUGCCAGUGGGACUUGCACCUCCAGAGUGAAAACAGCACCAGAGAAGGCUGAGCCACGGCAGAGCCCUGGAGCUGAGGCAGAGGCACUGCAGGAGCUGAGUGGCCAUGAGGACAAUGGUGGGAAGCAAGAGGGGACCUCAGGCACAGCAGUGGGGAAGGUGGCCCGCAAGCAGGACAACACUGUUUACGCCGUCCGCCGGUCCAAGAGACUCAACCCCGAGCUCGGGCACUGGCUAUCCUUCCUUGAUGGGCCACCCCCCGAGCCCUCCGUGCCCCUGGCCUGCAGAGAGGCUGCACCAUGCCCAGUGCUGGAGGGAUUCUCUGCCGAAGAGCCUGCGGCUGAAGUGGAGGUGGGGGGCACAGCAGCAUCGGCGGAGCCCCAGCCCCUCUCCCUGGGUUCCCCAGUGGAUGGUGAGGUGGGAAACGGGGCUGAGAGCCGGCGCUGUGCCCUCCUGGAGCAAACAGAAACACCCAGAUGUCUCACGCUGUCCUUGGCACAGACUGACCCAGCCUUUGGGAAGAGAAACUUUGAGUCAAUGCUGACUGUGGAGCUGUGUGGGACAGCAGGUCUCACACCACCCACCACUCCGCCAUACAAGCCUGCUGAGGAGGACCUGUACAAGCCAGACAUCCCCCAGGAACCAGGGAAGGAGGACGGGAUGGCCCCCAGCCCUGGGGGUGCAGGGGAUGUGGCAGCCUCCCGGAAAGCCCCCAGGAAGCACCCCGAGAGGACGGAGCUCUUUGCCCACCUGAGCCGAGCUGCCACCACACGCCCUGUGCUCCCUGAGCAGCAGGGCCUGCUCAAGAGGCCCUUCUCCCGCUCCUUCGGGGACCACGACUACUGCCAGGUGCUCAAACCCGAGGCUGCCCUGCAGAGAAAGGUGCUCAAGUCGUGGGAGCCCACGAGCCAAGUGGAGACGGAGCACAAGAGGAAGGUCCCAGCUGCCCACUACCAGGGACUGGACCUCGGCAAGGAGGCGGGCAGCGAGAUGCUGUGGAAGGAUGGGGUCAAGCAGCUGAGAGACCAGGAGAUCAGAGCCAGCUUAACAAAGCACUUUGGCUUCCUGGACACUGCUCUCGAUGACGAGGACAUGGUCUUCUGCAAGACCCCCGAGUAUGACACCGUCUUUGAAGACAGCUGCAGUGAGAGUGGCUCCCCUGUGGAGGAGGAGGAUGAGGAGGAAGAGGAGGAGGAGGAGGAGGAGCAUGGCAACACCAAGCUGUGCCUGCGGAGAAACCCCCUCUCCAGGACCAGUUUGCAUUACUGUUCCCGGAGCAGGUCCAGCUCGGGGUCUUCGUGCUGCCGGUCGCGAUCGCCUGCCAGCAGACGCACCUUCAGGUGUGAGAACGGCGAGCAGUGUCAGGGCGGGAGCGGGCACCGGGGCCAGCUGGAGAAGAGACGGGAAAAGGCCAUCGGGGAAGGCCGAGUUGUGUACAUCAGAAACCUCUCCAGCAGCAUGAGCUCCAGCGAACUGAAGAAACGCUUCGAGGUGUUUGGUGAAAUCGUGGAGUGUCAGGUCCUGUCCAGGACUAACAGGGGGGAUAAAUAUGGCUUUAUCACCUACCGGUAUUCAGAGCAUGCCGCCUUAUCUCUGAAGAAUGGCCCCUCCCUAAGGAAGAGGAAUGAGCCUUCCUUCCAGCUCAGCUCUGGUGGCCUUGGGCGCUUCUUCUGGACCAGAUAUGCUGACUUGGAUUGCGGCACGGAGGAAUCCUCCCCAGCUCCAGUGAAAAGCAAGUACGAGACCAUGGAUUUCGACAGCUUGCUGCAGGAGGCCCAGCUAAGCCUGCAUCGGUAACAGCCUUAACCUUGGAGGAAUACCUCAAUACCUCAGUCAAGGCACUUCCAAUAUGUUUACGUUUUCAAAGAAAUUAUUCAGUCUAUGGAAAGCGAGAUA